AUGUCCAAAGCCGAGAAGAAGCCGCAGGCGGUCCAAGUCGACGACGACGACGAGCCGGACGAUUGGGACAAGAGGAUCUUUAGCACCGGCUGUGCAGCCGAGCAACUGAAGAUGAACGACUGUUACUACGAGAAGAGGGACUGGCGAGCGUGUAGUAAAGAGAACACCAGGAGACCAUUCUUGACCGGCUUUGGGAUGGCCUCUCUCGUGAUGCGACGGGCCAAUUGGGCCGGCAUGGCUCGCCCAUCUACAUACUUGAAGCUAAACUCGAGCUCUCCAUGCGCGUACAGAUCGAUAUCAUCAACCUCGAAGCCAUCGCCCUCUCCAUCUUACUCCCGCUCAAAUACCUCCAGCAGUGCCCCCAAGAGAACAUAUAAUAGCUACAAUAAGAGUGCACCAUCAAACACCUCGACGACAUCAUCUUCCCCUAAACCUACGCCCGCCGCGCCUACUUCUACACCUACCCCUUCGUCCAACGAUACAUCUCCACCCGCCUUCACAACAAGUCAGACCUCCCAUCCAAUCCAAAAUAUAACCAAAACUGGCCUUGGUGACGCCCCUCCUGAUCUCGUCUUGGAGCCGGCAGACGUUCCAAACGGACACGUUGACUGGACACGCUCCUAUCACGGACUGAGCGCUGAACCUUUCUCAAAGGAAGCAGCCGCCAUUCUCCUGGCGCCAGUUGAACCGGAAGAUGUCGAGAUCAAGCCCGAUGGCAUCGUAUAUUUACCUGAGAUCAAGUAUCGGCGUAUCCUGAACAAGGCGUUUGGGCCAGGUGGCUGGGGUCUUGUGCCGCGCAGUGAAAGUAUUGUUACGGGCAAGACGGUCACGAGAGAAUACGCUCUUGUUGCGCAUGGGCGGCUUGUAUCCAUCUCACGCGGCGAACAAGACUACUUUAGCCCUGACGGUAUCCCCACUGCCACAGAAGGAUGCAAGUCCAAUGCCAUGAUGAGAUGCUGUAAAGAUCUAGGCGUUGCUAGCGAACUGUGGGAUCCACGAUGGAUUCGGAAGUUCAAGGCCUCGAACGCCAAGGACGUGUUUGUCGAGCAUAUGGUGAGUAAGAAGAAGUCGAAGAUUUGGAUACGGAAGGAUGAUGAAGUGAUGUAUCCUUGGAAGAAGACAUAG